AUGUCAUCGUCUACAACUUCAAGGAAGAAAUUAUUACUAAUGGGACGUUCUGGUUCCGGUAAAUCCUCGAUGAGGUCAAUUAUAUUUUCCAAUUAUUCAGCAUUAGAUACAAGAAGAUUGGGCGCUACUAUUGAUGUGGAAUUACUGCAUUUGAGAUUCUUGGGUAAUAUGACAUUGAAUUUAUGGGAUUGUGGAGGUCAAACGGUAUUUAUGGAUAAUUAUUUUACAUCUCAAAAAGAUCAUAUAUUUAAAAUGGUUCAGGUUUUGAUUCAUGUUUUUGACGUUGAAAGUAAACUGAUAAAUAAAGAUAUCGAGAUAUUCAUCAAAUCAUUGACUAAUUUACAACAAUACCUGCCAGGAGCAAAAGUUUUUGUAUUACUACACAAGAUGGAUUUGGUGCAGAUUGAUAAGCGUCAAGAAUUGUUUCAAAUUAUGAUGGAGAAAUUACAAAAAAUAUCUAAUCCUUAUCAUUUUAAAUUGAUUGGAUUCCCCACAUCUAUUUGGGAUGAAAGUUUAUAUAAAGCUUGGUCACAAAUAGUUUGCUCAUUAAUUCCUAAUAUCAACUUGUUUAAUAAUAACUUGAUUAAAUUCAAUUCUAUUCUUGAUGCUGAAGAAAUCAUCUUGUUUGAAAAGACAACAUUUUUGGUCAUCUCUUCAACAGCAUCAAUAAAAAGUCAACAGAAACAAAUUGAAAAUGGACUGGAGAACCACAUGAAAGAGCCAGAAUCAGAAUUAGAAGAAUUGGAUCCUAAAAGAUUUGAAAAAAUUUCCAAUAUAAUCAAAACAUAUAAACAAUCAAUAACCAAAUUGAGGACCAAUUUUAAGAAUUUAAUCAUUAGAGGCAGUGAUGGUACCAAUUUCUACAUUGAUAUAAUCACUGACAACAUGUUUAUCAUGAUUGUAUUAAAAGACAACAAAGAGGGAAACAGAUCAAUUCAACAACAACAUGAAGAGUUAUUAAUUUUAGACAACAUAAAAGCUGCCAGGAAAUGGUUUGAAAAGAUUGAGAAUAAUGAAUAG